GCAAGUUUAUUUGCGGUCGCAUUGUAUGUUGUCCGUCAGCUUCUAUCUUCCCUUCCCCCCGGCCUCCCUUGUUCGCGACUUCCGUUCCUUCGGGCCUUGUCCCGGCCCUGCUCUGGCUGGCCAAAAGACUGACCUGCAACCUCUUUAAUUAAGCCCCUCCUCCACGUCGUCAUACUUUUCAUCGAGAUGGCCCUCUUCGCGCGGCUAACGAGCCGCUUCAACGCGUAUUACGAUCAACGACCUGUACUCACAAUGAUGGUGUCCAACGCGGUGCUCGGCGGCAUCGCGGACACGGUAGCACAGUCAAUCACGGCGAUCCGGCAGCGUGCCGUCCGCAAAUACUCGUUCGGCAAGUCGCCCAACGCGCGCGAUGACCCCCUCGCCGUCGAGAUCCACGAACUCGACCGCAAGAACCCGCUCAACGAGCGGGACCUGAUCCCCGACUCGCGAACACUGCCGCCUCCCUUCGACUUUGAGCGCCUGACGCGCUUCAUGGCGUACGGUUUUUGCAUGGCGCCUGUACAAUUCCGGUGGUUCAAGUUCCUCGAGCGCACCUUCCCAAUCUCCAAAGCCAGCGCCUUUGUCCCCGCCAUGAAGCGCGUCGCCAUGGACCAGCUCGUCUUCGCGCCGUUCGGUGUUGCUGCUUUCUUCACAGCCAUGACCAUCGCCGAGGGCGGCGGUCGCCGUGCCGUCUACCAGAAGAUGCGCGACAUGUACUUCCCGACCCUCAAGGCCAACUACAUGCUGUGGCCGGCGGUGCAGGUCAUCAACUUCCGCCUGAUGCCCGUGCAGUUCCAGCUGCCCUUCGUAUCGACGGUUGGAAUCGCCUGGACGGCGUACCUGUCCCUUAGCAACGCCGCCGAAGACGUCACCCUCGAGCGGAGUCGCGUUGCGCACGAGAAUGCCGCCAACAUCCGACUACCCUAAACAGGACGGCGAUGAGCCGCAGGGGCUGUAUACAAACGCAUCCACAGUUGGAUAGUAUGCACGUAAUGCACGUAACGCGAGGCGAAACUCGAACUACAGAUUGGUCCUUGGUAGACAUGGUCGGGUCAUUGACUGGCAGGUCGGAUUACGGAGCAUAGCACACGGUUAUCGUUCUUUCUCUUCUUUUUGGGUUCUCUUCUUUUCGGGUUCUCUUCUUGUUACUUUCUUGGGGUCUGGGGCAUUUUGAUAGACUGGAAUGAUAGGGCGACUCUACAGGCUGCCCACCAACGAGCUACACUUGGCGCAUGGAGGUUUAGACGGUGUAUUUGGUCCUUCCGCACGUGUACCAACAAUAAUACAAAGUUAUUAAUACA